AUGUCAAGACUCAACACUAUCAUCCCUCUCGUCGUUCACCCUCCUGUCCUUGUCCCCUUUUGCCCCAUUGCCAUCAUCUUUGUGGCACUGCUGUGCCUGGACACACACGUCCUUGUGGACUCAGUACCUGUGUGCACCCAUGGUCCGGCCAGCUGCCAUAUACUUGCACUGGCCCGUCUCUUUGACCAGGUCAACCAGCACUUGGUCAGGGUGCAUGACCUCUCCAGCGAUCUGCUCUCAGAGUUUGAGCUGUACUUCCUGCCCAGCAGAUACCAUAUUACCAGAGGCUAUCCCAAGUGCCACACAUCCAGCAUACUAACUCCAAAUGGCAAAGACAACGUACAGAGAAUGGCUCUACGUUUAGUGGUUCUGAAGCUACUGGUAGCCUGGAGGGAUCCCCUACAUGAGCUGCACCGGCGCUUCGCUGGCCAGAAGGGCUUCGACAUCUUCAGCCGCAAUAAAGUCCUGGAGAUGAGUGAAACGGUGCACAAGCUCAGGAAAGGAGUGGAGAGAGUAAUGGAAAAGGUGCUGGUAUUGGGGAUGGUCAAUAACUCAGCGAACAGCCACUUGCCACCUGGUGCCUCGCUGCCCACUGCCAGGAGCCAAGAGGCCCUGAGCGACUAUGUGCUUCUCUGCUGCUUCCGCUGCGACUCUGAUAAGGUGCAAAACUACUUGAAGAUCCUCAAAUGCACAACUAUGCCAGAAUAUGGCUGCUCGCUCGCCCCAUUGGACUCAGCAUGUGCACUCGGCACUUAA